UGACUGCGCAGCUCGUGCACAGAGAGAGGGGAGCGCCCUGUGUCGGUGCUGAAGGACGGACUCAGGGACCGACACUGGACCGACCGACCUGGACUCCGGCGGACGUGAUUGAAGACCGCAGGAGCCUCGCAGGUAAAGGGUGGUGAUGAUGAUGUCAGAGCAGCUGGAGCUCAGUGAUGAUGUAGGUGUCCUGCCCCCCCAUGAGGUGGAGCCCUCCAGAGAGGAGGAUGGACCCUGCCCCCUACCCUUCAGGCUGCAGCUGAUCGACGACUUGUCCUACGAAGACGUGAAGAAGUGUUACAGAGGAUCGACUGUCAGCAAAUACAACUCUCAGUACCACAAACUGUUCCAGACGGUUCCUAAAGAAGAAGUCCUGAUGAAAGCGUAUUCCUGCGCUCUGCUCAGAGACAUCCUGCUGCAGGGGCGACUCUACAUCUCCAGGAACUGGCUGUGUUUCUACGCCAACCUGUUUGGCAAAGACAUCAAGGUGUGCAUACCGGUGGUGUCGGUCCGGCUGGUGAAGAAGCACAAGACUGCGGGUCUGGUGCCGAACGGCCUCGCCAUCACCAUGGAUACGGGACAGAAGUACGUGUUUGUGUCCCUGCUGUCCCGAGACAGCGUCUACGACGUCCUCAGGAGGAUCUGCACCCACCUGCAGGUGAACGGGAAGAGUCUGAGUCUGAAGCAGUACCUGGAGGAGCCCAGCUCACUGUCCAUGGACGAGUUUCCAGAGGUGCUGAAAUGGAGACGGAAACCGUCGCUUCCCGCCGUCUCCUCCUCUCUCCCCGAUUUGUUGGGAAACUCCACCCCCAGCCUGGCCGCCACCACCACCUUCAGUGCUCACACGCUCACAGACUGCAGCCUGGAGACAGAGAAGAUCCUGCUGACAGAGCCGGUACCUGAACUGGGCCACGCGGAGUACCAGCUGCUCAAACUCUUCAUACUGCUAGUCUUCCUGCUGGUCCUGUCGUCCUGCUAUCUGGCCUUCAGGGUUUGUCGUCUGGAGCAGCAGCUCAGCUUCCUGAGCAGCCAGCCGACGCUGAGAGAGAGGUGUGGAGAAGUGCCCUGCUGGCUGGCCAAUCAGAAGACAGGAACCUGAUCCUGCAGCAUAUCAGAGCGUGAGGAGAAAGUCUGCUUUUUAUAGAGUUAGCUGUUGGUGGUGGAGGAGAAGGCUCUCAGGAGGAGGAAGGAGCUUCAGCGCCUAACAUCUGACCCCUGCCAGCACCCGGUUACCAUAGAGAUGUUACAGUAGUCAACACACGCAGCGAAUUAACCUUUGACCUCUGGGACAGAAAUGUCGGCGUGUGCAUUGCUGGGUCAGUCAAAGGUCCCCAGAACUGAAAAUGUGUUGCAGGAUACCGUACCGCACAGAAGUGUUCGACUGUUUUCCAUCACAUCACCAUCAAGGAGCUGUCUGAUUGGUCCACACAUCCAGCCUUGCUCACUGUCAGCUGCUAGAAGCUGGAGGAAAGCCUAGAUCCAAGCAUCAUGAUCGAGCUCAGACCCUCAUCACGCUGCGGGAACCACGGGACUCAGCCAUAAACUGUAUAUAAAAGAUGGACACAGUUACUGUAAUGUUUCCCGCCUCCAUGUUGGAGUUUUAAAAGCAGAGGUGCGCCCCCCUAAAUCCCCCCCUCCUCUCUGUGCCCCCUGACUCUGACCGUUGUGUUAAAUUAAACCUGAAACAAGCGACUGAUGCUUGUGUUUACUGAGGCCGACUGCCCCCUGCUGGUCAUUAGAAAGAAUGCAGGUGUGAGGAAGCGCGUUGACUUCACAGGAUCUGCUGCCUUUUAUGUACAGUCUGUUGACUCAUCAAAUAACCUUCCAUGAUGUCACUCUAAUGUCGUUUGUCAGCGUGGGGAUUUUUAUCAAAAUCUCCUCCAGCACCUGCCCCAGAGUACGUGGCUUUCUCCCCACAGCUGAAGCGCUCCUACGGGGUUUUAGCUGAAAGCAGCUGACUCCAUGAAGAUGCUGUGACACAUCGAAUCCACAAAACAACCACGAUGAUUUGGCCGACCUUUCGAACCGCUUUACAGCCACAGGCUGAGCAAGCACAGCCUCACAAGCUAGGAGAUGUUUCCUCUCAGAUCAGCUCGCUCAGGCCUCACAGUUCUUCUUCUACUGGAUUAAACUGUCUUUAAUCUGCAGAGAAGUCGUCUGCAGCAUGCUGGAUGUUUAGAGUUUACUAGCUAUAUUCUAUUUUUUAAAUUAAUUUAAACGAGCGAGAGUUUGUGUACACAGCCGGCUCCUGGUCUCUGAUCCUGCGGCUGGACGGGUCGUCGGUGAGCUGCGUUUAGGAUGCAUUUCUCCCCAAACUCAGCUCAUGUGACCUCGGAAGACGUCGGGAUCCCUUAAGACAAGCUGAAGACGUUUCUGGGGCAUGACGACAUCCUGCUUUGACCUCACCUGACCUCAGAUAGGCGGAAUCAGGGGUUGACAAACAGCUUACAGAGACGCGCAAACACCUGAGUCGACCUGAGUUACACAUGUUAGGAAGGUUUCCUGCCAUUAAUCAUCUCCUCAGUGUUACUCAGCAUAGAAGCUCAGGAUUAAUAAACUCUCACAUCACUGCAGCAUUAAUGACAGAAGGUGUUCCUCAUUAUUUUCUAAUAUGCACACAAACAGUAUCUGACGGCUGGAGAACCUCGCUGCUCACCUUUGCAUUCAGAGCUGCAGCGACUGAUUUCUCCUUUGAGACACGGCGACAGCACCAUGAUGACAUCACGCUGGAUUGCUGUGUUACAUUCGAGCUGUAGCAUCAAGAUUUGAAUGUUUUUAUUAUCAUGCAGAGAACCCGAAUCCAUCUUUGUUUAAUAAUAUUCGCUCAGGCUGAUUUGUUGUAUGAUGUAUGAUGAACAUGCACAAAGAACAGCCGCAGAGGUGGACGACUUUUUAAUAAAUCUUGUAAACAAGCUGAAUUUACUAUUAAAGCUGAUAUUUUCAAA